UCAUUUUAACUCCGUUUAUUUUCAACCGUCAAAAACGACCUCUCUUUCUCUUAUACCCAAAAACCAUAAACUAGAAUCAGAAUCUCUCUCCUCUCUCUUCUGUGGCGCCUUCUCACUUGCAGUUUCUUAAGAAUUUUUUUUGGUCUUUUGGAAUAUAUGUGAUUGGUUCUGUUGGCGCUAUAUGUGGUCAAGGGGCAAACUUCUUUGAUUGCUAGCAGCUGAAAAUUGGAACUGGUGUAUGAGCAAAUAUGGGAGCUGCUUGUUGCGUUGCUUCUAGAGACAAAGCCAUACAACCAGGAUCUAGUGGUGAAUUUCUGCAUAGAAAUUUUAGGCAUUCUCCAACUUGGAGUUUUCGAUGGGAUAGUCGAGUUGGGGUAGCUGGUGAAGAUACUUCCGUAGGCUGGUUGUCUGAUGUUGCUAGUAGGAAUGAUGGCUUGGAUGUGAAAUCUGCAACUGAUGUGUCAGCACAGGUGUCAGAUGGAGGUAGUUCAUUGGAGAGUUAUCGAACAGGAGCAUGGCGCAAAUCUCCAGUGAACCAGGAUACGACUAAGAGCCUAAAAACAUCUGCCUCAGGUGAAUCUGCUGGGAGGAAUGCCUGUACUGAGGUGAAACAAUCUACAGAAUCUCCACCGUUAUCAGACCCUGCUUCUGUUAAACUAUCACCCUCAGUUCAUACAACAUCUUCUGUAUGCAUGUCACCAGUCUCAUCCCAAAGCCAUCCACCUCCACCAUCACCAACCCCAUCCAGAUGGGCCCGAGGUUCGCCAGCUCACGAGCUUGCCCAUCAGGCAUCUGAAAGCCAUAGUUCUGGGAGAAAUUCACCGAGUAAUAACUCUGUUUCUGAAGAAGGGCAGGUGCCAUUUGGAAACUCUGCUGUAAGCAAUGUGUCAACUCGGGGAUCCUAUGGAAGGUCCUCUGAUGGUUGGUCAGCUCAUGCCUUCUCAGAACUUAUGUCGGCCUCACAGAGAGAACGUUGGUCUUUUGAUAGUGAUUCCUGCAGCUUUCCUCAUGAUAAAUUGUGUAAAACAAGUGUUCGUAAUUCCCGGUCAAUCUCUAUUGAUUUUCAAACAUGUGGUAUUUGCUCCAAGCUCUUGUCUGAGAAGUCACCUUGGAGCACCCAAAAAUUUAUUGCGGGUAAUGAAUUAUCUGUUGUAGCUGUUUUAAUAUGUGAGCAUGUAUACCAUGCUGAGUGCUUGGAGACCAUAACGCCCGAAGUUAAUAAAUAUGAUCCUGCCUGCCCGGUUUGUACAUUUGGGGAGAAGCAAACUUUGAAAUUAGCUGGGAAAAUGCUGAAGGCAGAAAAGGAUUUGAAAGCUAGGAGUAGCAAGAAGUCAAGGAAUCGGGUUGUAGAUACCAAUGCCUCUUUUGAUUUUGAUUCUUGGAAGAGAAGUGCUGGUGCACAUGAAGGGAAGAGUCCCAAGCUUGGCAACAGCUCUAGCUUGAAGAUUUCUGCCGCAAAGCCUUUUUUAAAGCGGCAUUUCUCCUUUGGAUCAAGGGGCAACAAGUCUGCUUCGGAAAGCCCAUCAAUAAGGAAAAAGGGAUUGUUUUGGGCUAAGUCUAGCAGGGAAUAAGCCUUGCAGCUUGGUUUGAAAGAUCGGAGGUUCUCUGUGAGUUUGUUACUUGCGUAACAUGAUGACAAACUUGGUGACACAAAAUACAAAGCGGAAGCUGAAUAUGGCUCGCGUUUUAGGUAUCAAUUGAUUUGAUAUAUCUUCUCUGAUAUAAAGGGUUUAGUAUGGUGAUAUGACAUUGUAAAGAAGGAAAUAUAGGAUAUAAAGUAUGAUAGGAAGUUAUAGGUAGGGAAAUCAAGUUGGCAGGUGAUUUAUGAGGGUUUUGAUCUUUAUUCAUGUUAUGUACAUUUAAAUUUGUUUGAAACAAGAAUUCAAUUAUGUUUCAAAAGAAAUCGUUCUCUUUUUUACUCGAGUCAUAUGAUAGACUUAGUUGUUAUAAAUUGUAAAAUCCCUACUAUGUGAACAUGCAACCAAAGGGUGCAUAUUUUUCAAUCAA